AUGCCGAAUUAUAAACAAGUCAAAGAUUUGGUCUUGCCCCAAAAGCAGACACUACCUGCACUGAAAGUUUUCUACAUCGCCCUUCAGGAUGAGGGUCUUCAGAAGCUUGUGCGGAUGACGCUUGACCCAGUAAUACAGGACGAUCGAUCAGAUAUGGAGGAUACACUCAUCAGAACUGAAUCUGUCACAGAGAUACCUGAUCCCAUAAAGACUAAAUCCCAUGGUUGGCGUCCAUACGUUGAAAAGCCUCACAUACGUUGGGCUGGGCAUAAGUAUGUGCUUGAGCCAGGCGAGAGGUCCGUGUCUGAGUUCCACCACGCAGAGGCGAACGAGAUAAGAUCGCCAGAGAUGUAUCCUUGGUUAACAGGACUGAUUGGGAAUAGCGCUCAGUUAGUAACGGACGACAUUUCUGACCUGUCCGUGGAGGAGGAAGACUAUGGUCGCGAGUAUAUGAUAUACAAAGAAUGA